UGCGCGCGCGCCCUCCUCCUGCGCGUGCAUGUCUGCAGCGGGAGCGCGCUUCAUUCAGGUUCUUCAGCGGCUGGAUCGCCGGGCAGUAAAUCAGAGAUGCGCACUCUUUCCAGCAGUUCUUCAGUAAGCAGCUGUGGAGAGGCCCACCACUCAUUUUGAGGUUUGUUUCAAAGGCGGGCGAUUCGUUUUAUCUCCUUCGUCCAUACUCCACUGGUGCACUUACUCAGUCGCCUCUCUCUCUACUAUCACACUGGAGCACACAGUGUAACACCAGCAGCAGUAGAGAGUGUGGGUGAUAAACACGAGGAGAAACUACACAUGAAACGCUGCCUUCAGUAGGAGUUGGAGCAGGGCCUUCUGCAGUAUUUACACACACUCUGCCUUGGCUGGACAUUCUGUGGAGUGGUUUUGGAGUUAAGCAGGAGAAAAUGCUGGGAUGCGAUGGAGGAUCUGGAACAAGAAUCCGACAUAAACUGACUCUGGCUACAGGCCUGCUGGAGUGCCUGUGCUUUGCUGGGGUCGUGUUUGGAUGGGCUUCUCUUGUGUUUGUCCUGAAGAACGAUGGAUACUUCAGUGAUCUGUGUGUCAAUGUGACUGAAGCCAAUGGCACAACAGUUACAGACUGCAGUGCUCAGGAUGAGCGAUUCUCCCUCAUCUUCACUGUCGCUUCCUUUAUGAACAACUUUCUUACUCUGCCCAAUGGCUUUAUAUUUGACCGCUUUGGAACAAUGGCAACAAGACUUCUAGCAAUAUUCCUGUACACCUUGGGGACAUUGCUUGUGGCGUUGUCUAGUAAAGCUCUUUCCUUCCUGUUCUUUCCAGCUAUUUCUUUCAUUGCGGUGGGGGGCAUUUUGUUUCUUCUUACAAACAUACAGGUUGGGAACCUGUUUGGCACUCAUCGAUCCACCAUCAUUACUCUUUACAAUGGGGCUUUUGACUCUUCAUCAGCAGUUUUCCUCAUCAUCAAAGUCCUACGUGAGAAAGGAAUCUCUCUCCGUUCCUCUUUCCUCUUCCUCUCCGUCUGUGAUGUCAUCCACCUUCUGCGGACCCUCUUCCUCAUGCCCAAAUCACACAUCCCCUACCCAGUCCCAGAGAACUACAAAUAUGGGGUGACCUGUGGGAAAUCGAACAGCUAUAAUGUGGAGGAAUUUGAGGCAACGCGAGAGCUAAAGUACGUAGCAGACACAACUGAGACAGCACAGGACAGAGAGAGUGAACUACUUAAGUGUGAAAACUCAGCACCAUCGGUGGAGCCAACAGGGAAAGACAACAGUUUUAAGAGCUGUGUUCUCUCCUGGUUCUUCCUGUGGCAUCUGAUAUGGCUUUCAGUCAUGCAGCUACGCCAUUAUCUGUUCAUCGGGACACUGAACCCCAUGCUGAACCGGCUGGCCAACCAAGAUCCAGACACUGUUAGCCAGUACACCAAUGCUUUCGCCAUCACUCAGCUGACCGGUAUAUUCUGUGCUCCAUGGAACGGGCUGCUAAUGGACAGACACAAGGGCAAGGCACUAAAACCAGGAGAGACAGAGAAGGAAGCAGACUUGCGAUCCUCUGUCCUAUCCCUGUUCAUCACAUCUCUCCAGUGUCUGCUGUUCUCCAUCUGUGCGACCGUUCCCCUCCUCCCCCUGCAGUACAUCACAUUUAUCCUGCAGGUCCUCAAUCGCUCGUUUCUGUACGGAGGGAAUGCUGCUUUUAUUAGCAUUGCGUUUCCUGCUCAGCAUUUUGGGAAGCUGUAUGGUUUGGUGAUGUCCCUCUCUGCAGUGGUGUCGCUGCUGCAGUAUCCAUGCUUGGCUCUGGUGAAAACUCUUGGAGGGGAUCCAUUCUAUGUGAACAUUAGCUUGACUGUCCUGACUUUGCUGGCUUUCAUCCAUCCUCUCAGCAUCUUCCUCUACUGCAGAAGACUGGCCAAUCAGAGAGAGAGCCCACCAAACACUGCUGCUGAACCUACACACAGAGAAGCUGCACUCUAAUGCUGUGUUGUUUUAAGUAAUGUUAGUAUGUGUUUUAGUGUUUAAAAUAUUUGUUUGUAUGGAACUGGAUAGAGAGCAUGAUAACUCCUGGACUAUGCAAUUUUUAUUAGGGUGAAAUGUGGUAUGUGUGUAAAAUUUAAUAUUGAGAUUUUAUACAGUUUUGAUAUGUAGUAUUUGUAUUAAAUUAUCACUGCCCAAACACA